CGCAGCUGCAGCCGCGAGUACAUUGUCGUUGUGCAUUAAACCAUAGCUGUAUAUAUGCAUAGAUAGAUAGAUACGGAACUACCCGAGUACGUUUUAUAUUGGUCUCGUGAAGCCUAACCACCCGACCAUGGACGACGAAGAAUUUGAAGAAUCUAUGCGCAAAGUCAAUCUCAUAGGUGGAAUUAUUAAGGAUUUGAGUUCGAAGAAUGAAGCCAAAUCCAAAGUAGGCAUGCUCCGAGCUGAAGAGUUGUUGGGUAACGGUGAAAAAGUGUGGGACGAGAGUUCACUGAAAACUGUGCAAAAUGGUACGAAGAUAAACCGUAAGGCUUUCGAAGACCUAGGAAAACCCAAAGAUGAAAUACCCGCAGAUGCUGCUGGAUUCAUGGCACACGUGGAAAGAGAUGCAAAACAGAGGUCUGAAGCUAAGAAAAAAGAAAUAAAACGUUCAGACUAUUUGAAGGCGAUGGGCAAUUGUGAGUACCGUAAGGGAAACUAUGAAAAAGCUCUCAUCUACUACAAUCAAGCCAUCGACGUGCGCAAAGACAGCUGCGUGCUAUUCACCAACCGAGCGCUGGCCAAGAUCAAUUUGGGUCUGAUGGACGAAGUCGGCGAAGAUUGCGAUCGAGCGUUGCGUCUCAACGAACGAUCGCUGAACGCCGUCCUUUACAAGGCUGAAGCGUUAUGGGGAUUAGGCGAUAUUCGAGCUGCCGAUGAAUUGAUAGAGACCGCUCUCAAAACUCACCCUGAUCAGACGAAACGCAUUCAAGACUAUCGAAAUAAACUGAACUGCAGCCGUUAAUACCCAUCAUGUUGCGUAAAUCACGUCGAUUCUUCGUCACCUCCAUGUACAUCAUAAUGCACAAAUACAGCAGUGAAUCAUAUAUAUUAUACCUUUUUAGUGCUU